AUGUAUUAUCCCUGGUUUUUAAUUAGUACUGAAAGUUCAUUUUUGAGCGCAUUAAAAGGUAACAUACUCAAUGGUGGACCAGAAAAUGUACGCGUUGGAAUGUUUUAUUUUGUCGGUGUUGGAUCCCUAAUUGGAUUAAUCGCCUGUCUGUUAUCCUCUUUAGUAGCUGCUCCAAGAAUUAGUUAUGCUAUGGCACAGGAUGGUCUGAUUCCAACAAUAUUUUCCCACCUCUGUCAGCCUUUCAAGACGCCAGUUGUUUCUGCAACAUUCAUCACCAUUUUGACCUCCUUAUUGACUCUGAUAUUUAGCGUGGACAGUUUGGCUGAUUUUCUAAGUUUAGGCACCUUGAUUGCUUAUUCAGUUACUGCAUUGGCUAUCAUCUGUAUACGCUACAGAAAUCAACCGGAUAAUCCACAAGAAAUAAGUGAGAUUGAUCAAAGUGAACCACAGUCGAUUAAGGAAAUUGAGUACUACAAAAAGCGAAUUGGUAAACCAGGAUUUGUUAAGCAUGCUUAUGGUCGUUGUAUGCCUAACUGCCUGUUGAAAGUUUUCAAUUCUGGCCUACCUGGAGACAAGGUUAUCUUUGUAAUGGCUGCUUACGUAAUAUUAAAUGGUGUUCUCAUCAUGUGUUUAACAAUUGGAGUGAAAAAUGGCUUAUGGCCAGUAUGGAGAAUUGUCUGUGUAGUUAUUAUCCUUCUAUUACUAAUAACCUGUAUAAUAUUAGUCGGGAUUUUUCAACAAUUUGGACCACCUUAUAAAGGUUUAUUUCGAAUCCCAUAUGUCCCUCUGAUCCCUUGUGCAACCCUAACCAUAAACAUAUUUUUGAUGAGUGAACUAUCAUGGGUUACAUGGAUACGAUUUACAGUCUGGUUAGUGAUCGGUUUAAUACUUUACCUUGGAUUUGGAGUAAUGAACACAUACAAAAUAGCCAAAAAGAAUGAAACUGUCAGUUCAACAACUUAUCUACGCAAUCCAGAUGAUGCGAAAGAGUUUGAAAAGAACUACAGCUCCACAGAAAAAACUUUCUAA